AUGGUUUGGCAUGUGAUUGUCGCGUUGUUGUUGUCGAAUGCCACGUCGGGUGCUUCGGAUUUAAAGAAUCCGUUUACCGGCAGCAAAAAACCGGACGAGCACAAUGCUUAUCCGGAAAACUUGCACUGCAUUUGUUCAAUUUACAUGCUACAUUAUUUCAAACUAAAUGCCAUUGUGUUUAGAAAUACACUAGGAGUCGGUAUGGCCGACAAAUACGACUCUGCCGUGACGGCCGACGCACCGUUGGAGGCUUUAGAUAGGUUUGACGAACGACUUCGGUCCCAAGGGCAUAUCGUUUGGGCCAUGCUCGACGAACUCAGAGAGGUGGCGCCGAAUUCCAAACCGCCGGACGACCUGAUGCAAGUGAACUUGUACUUGAACAACUUGACGGGCAGUACCCGCGUGAGUAUCGAGAACGUGCCGGCGAAAGAUCGGUCUUACAGAUUCAUAAAAGGUUACCAAUACUUGUUCAAGAAAAUGGCGGAGGCGCUCACGAAGUCCAUGGACGACGGUCAGUGCAAGAGUGAAAAUUAUACUCCAGCCGCCGGAGACGACCGAGGCGGCGAGUACGGCCAAACGAAAUUGGCAGCGAUCAAACGGCUGUUGGUGUACCCUCGGGUCGUCGACGAUUUAACCCAGGUGCGGGCGAUACUGGAAAGCAACAAAAGACAAAUGGAACGACUCUUCCAGCCGACGUUCGACAGGGAAAACUACAUGGACUUCAAACCGGACUAUUUGCUGUUUAACUCGUUGGCGCGAACCGACUUGGAGUACAUGAACAUGAUGUUCAGCAACGAACAGCCGGUGAACUUUAUGGGCAACAAAAGGGUCAUGCUAAACGAUUCGUUGUUGGUGAGCAACGUACUUACUAAUUACUAUCCGUUUGGCGAAAAACAUAAGGCCAACAUACACGACCUGUUGGUUUGGGUUCGAGCAGUCUUCCACCAGGACAAUGUCGUUGCGUUCCAGCAACACGUGAUGGCCGCCGCAUUAUCGCCCGUGUUGGUAUGCUUGGGCAAUUAUUUCCAGAUAUUCGACCGAUUGCAUCCGGGCCGCACGAUAGACAUAAACGAAGACACUUCGAUGUACGUCAAGUACGAGCAAACGUUGCGGGACUUGGCGCAGAAUUUAUUUGGCCAUUUACAGACGUUGGUGAAUUUGAAACUGUUCCCCCGAACCGUACAGGACUACCUGGUGUAUAUCUCGGACAAAACCGCCGAAGUCAUAGAUUAUUCGUACGAUCCUUAUUCUCCACUGAUCAGCGGUGUUCUGGACACUGUUUCCAAAAACAUCUUCUCGGUGAUGGGUUUGUUCAAACUGAAAUUCUCCACCAAUGUGGACACCGCCGAAGGGGUGGAAUUGGAUUUUAAUAAAAAAUCCUAUGUCGGUAAAAUUCUCGAAGACUUUGACGACGAAAUACGCAAUAUCGGCACUUAUGUCGCAAGUUUUGAAAAAUACAAAUACUCAUUUCUGAGAGGACUCAAGGUCUACAGUCACAAUAAUAUGUUUGGAUAUCCACGUUUCGACAUACUCAAUACAAAACAGUUAGGUUACAAAGUUGUCAAAAACGAUCUUGAUAACCCACCAAUAAUCCAACUGAUUUAAUGUUGGGUCAUUGACUACAAUCACAGUUUUAUAGUAUUUAAUUAUAAUUCAGUUCUGUAUAAAACUGAUUCAAUGUUCAAAUUACCAAUAGUACAUCUGUAAGGCAAUGUAUCCUGCAC